GUGAAUCUCCGCAAUCGGCGUCCAGUUGAUUUGCGAAAAUGAACUUUAAGUUCUACGAUAUAACUAUGUUUUGUAAUUAAUUAUGUACAAGCAUGUGCUACGUAAUAACAUAUUCAGAUUUAUAUGCAAGUUUAAUAUGGAAAUUUAAAAUGCCACGAAUUAUGUAACUAUGAUAAAUAAUUUAUUUUCGGGAAACAGGCAAAAUGGGCGAGAUAUACGGCAAGUUAUACAAGUAUUACUGGUAUUCUAUACAAUAUUCAGAGCUGAAAAUACCUUGGCGUGUUCAGAUUUAAUGACAAACGAUAAAUGCUCAUGCUACACAUUCGAAGAUGCUGUUUUCCUCGACUGCCAAGAUUCAAAUACAAAGCAAAUAAAAAAUGCUCUGAAGAAAGUAUCCGCCGUACAUUCCUUAUCCAUAAAUGAUUUAGAUGACACUGAAGAAGUAUUGGGACCACAUUUUGUGCCGUUAGGUGUAUGCAUAAAACAUAUACAUAUGUCAAGAACUGGCAUAAGAGAUAUAGAUGAUGAAACAUUUAUACCAUUGAGACAGUGCCUUGAAACGUUAAGUAUUGUGUCAAGUAAAAUUAAAUUUAUACCACAAAAGGCAUUUUCUGGAUUGCUCAAACUGAUUUCAAUCGAACUCACAUCCAAUCAUAUUGAGGAUAUUCCAAGUUAUAGUUUCUAUGGUCUUCCAUUAAUGAAAAUAAACAUAAAGCAGAAUAUGAUACGACAUAUUUCUGAUUCUGCAUUUUCUACUUUAGAAUUAACUCUGUCUGAAAUUGAUUUAAGCGAAAACAAUCUUACAACUUUCCCUAUUAUAUCGAUUGCCAAAUUAAGGCACCUUCGGUCGUUAAGGUUGUCUUGGAACGAAAUGUCAUCUUUUCCAGCCGUUGAUAAUUUUGAUUUACCAUCUCUUGAAUUUUUAGAUUUAAGUUCGAACAAUUUUGAAUUCGUUUCUGAAGACUGCCUUAAAUUUUGUCCGUCCCUAUUAAUAUUAUCGUUUCAUUUUAAUUUCAUAAGCAAUAUACAUUAUCGUGCAUUCCAAUCCUUAGUUCAUCUCAAAUCUUUAGAUUUGAGUCAUAAUAGAAUCAAAGUAUUAAAUACUAAUUUAUUUUUAAAUAACAAGAAAUUGGAAUUUAUUGAUUUGAGUCACAAUCAUUUGCACCACAUACACGGCCUCUUUUGUAAUAUGCCAAUAUUAGCCGAAGUAUUUUUAGAUUAG